UCUCCCUCAAGCUCUUGCCCUUACCUACUCUCCCUUGCUCUGCGUCCAAGCCCUUGGGCACUUGUUUCCCAAGCCUCCCUCAUGACAUGCACCGUAGGGCAAUGCGUACUGGUGCCGUACGCGCUGGCCCAGUGCGUGCUGGCGCCAUGCGGCGUUGCCGUAGAGCCGUGUGCGCUGGCGCCAGGCGCGCCCCGUCACUCGUGCUGGUGCUGGCGCUCGCGCCACGUGCGCGCUGGCGCUGGCACUGGCGCCAUGUGUGCUGGUGCUGGCGCUGGCACCAUGCACGCUGGCACCAGGUGCGCGCUGACGCCGUGCAUGCUGACGUCGUGCGCGCUGGCGCCAUGUACGCUGGCCGUGUGUGCGCUGGCCGCCUGCGCGCUGGCGCCAGGUGCCCACUGGCGCCGUGUGCGCAGGCGCUGUGCGCGCAGGCGACGUGCACGCUGGCGCCGUGCGCGCAAGCGCCAGGUGCGCACUGGCGCCGUGCACGCUGGCCGUGUGCGCGCUGGCGCCAGUGGCCCUUGUGCGCUGGUGCCACGCGUGCUGGGCGGAAGUGAGCGCAGGCGCCAGCCGCCCUAGCAUCAGGCAGCUCUUGGUUUAGGGCCAUGCGCGCUUGCGGCUCGUUCGCUGGGACGGUGAGUGUCAGGCUCCCUCGUGCCGUGCCAGCUAGAGGUGCGAUCUACGGCAGCAGCGGUGUGCAUUCAGAGGGGAGAGGAGGAAGAGCGGGGAUGGCGAAGGGAAGGUACGACUGUUGUUCAAGGUGAGUAAGCAUCUCAGUUGUACUUGUUUAUUUCCGCAACAAUUUGUUCAGUUGCAUUGUCUUUUUCCCUUCUUACUCUCGACUUGUCUCUCCACUCUUGGUUUACGUACCUUCUUGCAUAAAACUUGCAUGCUGGCAUAGUGCGCGCUGGCUCUUGGCGCGUUGGCACCCUGCGCGCUGGCUGCUUGCUCGCUGGCUGCUCGCGUGCUGGCUGCUCGUGCGCUAACGCCCUGCGCACUGCUGCUUGCAUGCUAGUGCUCUGUGCGCUAGUGCCCUGUGUGCUAGCUGGCUGCUUCCGCACUUGCGAAUAUGCGUUGGCUGGCUGCGCGAUGCUUGCUUGCAUGCUAACACCCUGCAGGCGGCUUGCGCACUAGUGCAUGGCGUGCUGGCUGCUUGCGUACUGGCGGCUUGUGCGCUGGUUGCUUGUGCGCUAGCCCCCUGCACGCUGCCUGCUUGCGUGCUGGCGGCUUUCGCGCUAGUGCCCUUGACACUGGCGGUUGCCGCGCUAGCGCCCUGCGUGUUGGUUGGUUGCGUGCACGCUCAGUGCUUGCUUGCUGACGGCUUGUGCGCUAGCGCCCUGCACGCUGGCUGCUUGUGCACUAGUUGCCCUGUCCACUGGCUGCUUGCGCACUAGCGCCGUGCUUGUCGUAGUGCAGGUGGUCUACAUAUUGCUAGUACCUUCUUAUCGUGCUGACCGUUGUGCCCUACCCCUCCCACACUCUCUCGUUCUGUCGUUUCUGUAUUUUUGUGAGUCUUUUAACAACAUCCCUUCUACGUUGACUUAGUGGGCGGAACUAGUUGACGCUCCUGUUCCAAGCCAGAGAUUUUUGGCAGAGUUAGUUGCCAUCUCUGCACAUCUUUAUACAGUAUGUGCUCAAGACUUUGAUAGAUCUUGGAUCUCAAGGGUCAACGGAGGAGCUGGAAAGCAAAAGAGGAGGGGGGGAGGCAUGGGAAAGAUGGAGUGGGGGAGGAAUGGGAAAGAUGGAGUCGGGGAGGGAGGGAGGGAAUGAGCGAGGGAGGGAGGGAGGGGGGGAGAAGGAGGGAAAGAGAGGGAGGGUAGAAUGGAGGGACAGAAGGCAAGACAAGGGAGGGUGGUGUGGAGUGUUCUGGAGUGGUAUCCAGUAGUCAUAAGUGUUUCCCACAGGAUUAGCUUCUGGUCUUGCCAAUGCUUCAUUUCUCUGCUUGUGUUUGUAUCCAUCGCAUGCAUGUAUGUGCGUCCAAAGUCUGUUGGCAUGCUGGAAUGCCAUUCAUACUGUACAACGCAAGAAUAAUCACUAGUGUGAGAAACCUAGAACAUA